AUGGGGAAGGAGGAAGGGGUUAAAGAUACAUCAGCUUCUAAUUUAAGACCUACAAACCAAUGUAGGUCUCUUUUACCAAUGCGGGUGCUUCAGGUUUUCUUGAUGCUCGUUGCUUUGGCUCUUGGAAUCUCAGUCGUUAGCAUGCACAUGAUCAAGUACUUGAAGGUUCAAACUUUGGCUCCUACCACAUUGAUCUCUACGAGUGAUGAGAUAACUACAUUGGAGAGAUUUAUCAAGCCUCCAUCGAGUGUUUGGCACUCCAUGAAUGACUCCGAGCUUCUUUGGCUUGCAUCUAUGGAGCCACGGAGAUAUGACCACCCUUUUAAAAGGGUUCCUAAAAUGGCAUUCAUGUUUCUCACCAAAGGUCCAUUACCAUUUGCUCCACUUUGGGAAAGGUUUUUCAAAGGGCAUGAAGGGUUUUACUCAAUAUACGUUCACACAUUGCCAGAUUAUAAAUCGGAUGUCCCUAGCUCAUCUGUGUUUUACAGAAGACAGAUCCCAAGUCAGCAUGUGGCUUGGGGAGAGAUGAGUAUGUGUGAAGCUGAGAGAAGGCUUUUGGCUAACGCGUUACUGGAUAUCUCUAAUGAAUGGUUUGUUUUGCUCUCUGAAGCUUGCAUUCCUCUCCGCGGUUUCGAGUUCAUCUACAAUUAUGUCUCCAAAUCAAUAUAUAGUUUCAUGGGUUCUGCUGACGAGGACGGGCCUUACGGAAGAGGCAGGUACAGCUAUGCAAUGGGACCAGAAGUCCAACUAAGCCAGUGGAGAAAAGGGUCUCAGUGGUUUGAAAUCAACAGAGAACUUGCUCUUUACAUUGUUGAAGACAUCAAUUACUAUCACAAAUUCAAAGAGUUUUGUAGACCUCCUUGUUAUGUGGAUGAACAUUACUUCCCAACAAUGCUAUCUAUUAGAUAUUCUCAUUUGCUGGCGAAGAGGACAUUAACUUGGACAGAUUGGUCAAAAGGUGGUCCUCAUCCGACUCUUUUUGGGAAGUCUGUUAUAACAGAGAUGUUUCUCAAGAUGAUUCAGGAAGGUCAGUCCUGCUUAUACAAUGAUCAGAAAUCUCAAGUGUGUUAUCUCUUUGCAAGAAAGUUUGCUCCAAGUGCAUUGGAGCCAUUACUCAAACUUGCACCAAAGGUUCUUGGGUUCUAA